GGCUCGACAGGCUCGCGCUUGCCAUCGACGGGAUCAGCACGCUCCUCCAAAUCGCGCUUGAUGUGAGGCUCCUGCCGAGGCUUGCCGUGGUGGAGCUUGCCAUGACCCGGCUUGACAGGGUCUCUUGGCUCAGGCUUGCCGUGGCUAUGCUUGACGGGCUGAAUAGGCUUGGGUUCGACAGGCUCAACAGGCUCGCGCUUGCCAGCGACGGGAUCAGCACGCUCCUCCAAAUCACGCUUGAUGUGAGCUUCCUGCUGAGGCUCGCUGGAGUGGGGAGCCGGCUGAGGCUUGCCGUGGUGGGGCUUGCCAUGAGUGGACUUGCCAUGGGCCGGCUUGACAUGGUGGGACGUCGGCUGAGCCUUGCCGUGGUGACCAUGGGGGUUUCCAUGUUGUUCGGGCUUGUUUGAAUGAGGAGCAACCUGAGCAGGAGUAGGCACGACCCGUCCUCCAACUGCAGAAGCAGUGGGAUGAUCAAUGGGGGCCGCAAGAGUCGACUGGAGCAAGGUCAUGCUCACCAGGAGCGAAAGAAUCACGGAAGAGGAGAUGAUCUUCAUGGUCGUAGAAGUAGUAAUGGUAGUAGUGGUGGUGGUGGUGGUAGCUGUAGAGGUUGUGUGAAGCAAAAGAAGA